CCUACAGCUCACGGAUCUGUCAGGGUGUUGUCACAAACAGUGGCUGAAAUCACCAUCUGCUUCCAAUUACACUAUGACAAUCUGCAGGACGGUCGGCAAGAACCUGCUCUGUGAGGAACUAUAGUGUUUAGAGGAGCCAGAGGGGGGAAAGGAGACAGAACCUGGAAACUAAAACCGGGACGUGGAGCUAACUUUUAAUUGUGGUUGAGCUGAGUCAUGGAGCCGGGGGUUUGGAAACUUUUCCGUUACUCUGUGGAUUCCUCCCCGUUCAUUCUGAGUGACUAACUUCCAGUUUGGAAAUGUAGUUCUCCGGUAAGACAUGAAGGAGAUGUUGUAGCGGUGAAAGGAUACAUCUAUUUCUUUUCAACAAACUGGAGCGGAAACAGGUCGGAUUUUCAGAAGUGGUGACUUUUCAACAUUUCUUGCAUCUUUAUUAAUACUAAAUGAAAGUCGCAUGAUCCUGGAUGUUUUUAUACAAACUAUUGCAUGGCAAACAGAUGCAUGAACACUCAAAUCAGCCUCUUAAACGGCAUUGUUCUGAAGUAAGAUGUUGCACCUACAGUAAGUCUCAGAUAUUAGCUGUUAAACAAUGUUGACAUUGUGGAAAAGGCUUUUCAACAUCUUCCUACUCCCUUCACUCUGGAUUAUGUUUUAUUUGUGAGCAAUUUAUGAGCAAUGGAGGAGCAAACAGCCAUCCUAAAAUUCUUCAGGAUCCUUAUAGAGGAGGAGGACGAGGGUGUAAUUCAAGGAGACACUGAGCUGAGUUUAGAUAUAAAGAAAAAUGGCUUUGAGGAAGCUGUGGAGAACAGUAGAGAGUCCUUAUCGCAUGUUAAACUGCUUUAUGAUGGGGAGAACAUGACUUGUAAUACAGUGAGACAUAUAACUAAAGGAGAAGCAGGAAAUGACUCAGACAUGGCAGAGGAGGAGAGGUGUAAUGUCAACCUAACAGAGCAGCAAAGUGUGGCUGCCAACGCUGAAACCUUUACAACAAAUCAAGACGAGAAUAAGAUGCCAUAUGACAAAGUUAACGGCUACAGCAACGAGGGUUGUCGCAUAUCGGAGAACUCGCUGGAUGAAUGUGCCUUGAAGGAAACUGUGCAACCAAAAUAUCAACAUACUUCAACUGACUGCAUGGAUACAGGCUGGGAUUCUCAUUCCAAGCAGGAUGCCACUGAAGAAGUUAAUAAGAAAGAAAGAAAAGAUUAUGAAAAUGUUCACAUGCAGGAUGAUUGUGUCCCAAAUGCUUCCAGUUCAGAUGUCGGUUCUGACCCUGAGGAAUCUGAGAAAAGUAGAUCUGAAAAUAUAGUAAUUAUAGUGACUCGGACAAGACCUGGCGUUGAGGAAGAACCGAUAUUAACUCCAACAUUUGAGCAUGCUGAUGGCUCGUCAUCUCAUAUCCAAAAUAAAGAGGAGAGGACCGGAUCAGAUGAGGUAAGCGAAGAAGAAGAAGAAGAAGAAGAAGAAGAAGAAGAAGAAGAAGAAGAAGAAGAAGAAGAAGAAGAAGAAGAAGAAGAAGAAGAAGAAGAAGAAGAAGAAGAAGAAGAAGAAGAAGAAGAAGAAGAAGAAGAAGAAGAAGAAGAAGAAGAAGAAGAAGAAGAAGAAGAAGAAGAAGAAGAAGAAGAAGAAGAAGAAGAAGAAGAAGAGAAAAGAGAUGAAUUUCCAGACUUUUCCUCCCCUCUUUACCCUCCAGCCCCAAAAGACCCUCUUUCCAUAACAUCUGCAACCCAUAACCUUCCACCUGGAUCCACCUUCACCAGAGCCACCUUUAAACCGAGCUCUCCCACCGACAAACAGAUCCAGCUCCCGGCCCUCUUCAGCGGGCUGAGGGUCCUGAGGAAGGGGGUCGUCGGGCCCGAGCACGACACCGUGGCCCGGAUCAAAACCUCAUCACCAGCAAAGAGAGACAUUUUCCCUGAUAAACAAUCGGACGGUAAAUCCCAGGAGAGCUUCCUGGACCAGAUCUCACAGCUGCUGAACCUGGAAAAGAGCGAAGAUGAGACCGAGGUGACCGAGGAGAGGACGGAAAGGGAGGCUGAAGCAGAUGAGAAUGAGAUGGAAAAAAGUCAAGAAGACGAGAGGGAAGAAGUUGAAACAGAGAAGGAAGCAGAGGUUUCAUCUGAGUCCACCAAGCCUCCUGCGUCCAGCGCAGAGGCGGCAUUCGAUGCCUUCAAAGCCUUUUUCACCCCAAAGCCUCUGAAGAGGGACCCGGCUGAGAAGAUAGACCUGGACGCAGUGAGGAAGAAGAUAAGAGCAGAUAAAGAUGUGUUGAAGGCGCUUUUUGAGAGAUCCUCCAAUAAGACGCAAGAGAAGAAAGACUCCCCUGAUGGCAAAUCAGAAGCGUCCACCCCAGGAGAUGGAGAGGAGAGAACGCCAGGUCGCCUUCAAGCUGUCUGGCCACCACUGAAGGAGGAAAAAGUUGGGCUGAAAUACACAGAAGCAGAGCACCAGGCCGCUCUCCUGCAGCUGAAGAGAGAAUGCAAAGAGGAGCUGGAGACGUUACAGGAGGACUUUGGUCAGCAGCUCUCCAGACUGCGGGUGGAGAACGAGGACAACGUGUCCCGUCUGGAGUUCAGUGUCUCCGAGCUGCAGACCCUCCUCUCCCAGGCCGGGACCCGCCGUCACGGGGAACUCAAAGACGUUGCUGUGUCAACGGAAGACGACUUCUUACACAAGUCUUUCCGCACAGUGUGCAUCCAGACCGACAGGGAGACAUUUCUUAAGACCCCUGAGGAUGGAGAGGGAGCAACGAGAGCAAGCAUGGGCCCCCAGCAGCAGAGGGUGACCCCCAGAAAACUGGACCUGACGUCUAUCAGCCUCAGCCUGGCCGGACACAGGGACGAUUCUUCCUCUUCAUCACAUGACCCUCCAUCACUUCCUCAUAUGCAGACUCCAUCAGUACAACCACUAGCUCCUUCUCAGACGACCAAAACACAAAUCCUGCCUCCUCCUCCACCUCCACCUCCGCCAUGUUUUUCUUCACCCCUUGACCUCAUGCAGAUGUCACAUAGCGCUCCACCACCUCCUCCACCUCCUCCACCUCCUCCCUCCACUCCAGGCUUUGCUCCCCCACCUCCUCCACCUCCAUCCUCCACUCCAGGCUUUGCUCCCCCACCUCCUCCACCUCCACCUCCUCCCUCCACUCCAGGCUUUGCUCCCCCACCUCCUCCACCUCCACCUCCUCCCUCCACUCCAGGCUUUGCUCCCCCACCUCCUCCACCUCCACCUCCUCCCUCCACUCCAGGCUUUGCUCCCCCACCUCCUCCACCUCCUCCACCUCCUCCCUCCAUGCCAGGCUUCGCUCCCCCACCUCCUCCUCCUCCAGCUGGGGGUUUUAUUGUUGAAAAACCUCCAAGGAAGCAGACAGUGGAGCCGUCCCGACCCAUGAAGCCUCUGUACUGGACCAGAAUCCAUAUCCAGCACAACAAGAACACACUGUGGAACAUUUUAGAGGAACCAAAUAUAAUAAAUGCCGGCCAGUUUGAGGAUCUUUUCGCCAAAACCAUCACACACUCCAAGAAGAAGCCGCUGUCCGAGGCUUAUGAGAAGAAAGCCAAAGCCAAGAAGAUCAUUAAGCUGUUGGAAGGGAAGCGCUCUCAGGCCGUGGGCAUCCUCAUAUCGAGCCUCCACCUGGAGAUGAAAGACAUCCAACAAGCGGUGCUGGCAGUAGAUCACUCUGUGGUGGACUUGGAGACCAUUGAAGCCCUUUAUGAAAAUAGAGCGCAGCCAGAAGAGCUGGAGAGGAUCAGGAAGCAUUACGAGACGUCCGAGGAAGAGGAAGUGAAACUGCUGGACAAACCUGAACAGUUCCUGUAUGAGCUGUCUCAGAUCCCAGACUUUGCAGGCAGAGCUCACUGCAUCAUCUUCCAGGCGGCCUUCAUCGAUGGGACCGCAUCCAUCCAGAGCAAGCUCAACAUAGUUUCAUCUGUCUGUAAGGCUCUGCUGGAGAGUGAAGGUGUGAUGGAUGUGAUGGGACUGGUGUUGGCUCUGGGGAAUCACAUGAACGGAGGAAACCGGACCCGAGGUCAGGCGGAUGGCUUCGGACUCGAGAUUCUUCCCAAACUGAAGGACGUCAAGAGCAGAGACAAUCGUAUCAGCCUGGUGGACUAUGUGGUGUCCUACUACCUGCACAAUGUGGAUGAGAACGCCGGCACAGACAAGAGUGUAUUCCCACUUCCUGAACCUCAGGACGUCUUCCUGGCUGCACAGGUCAAGUUUGACGACCUGAACAGAGACCUGAGACAGCUCGGACGAGAUCUGACAAGAUGUGAGAAAGAUGUAAGGAACGUUUGCUCUGAUUCUCCUGAAGAAAAUCUGCAGCCGUUUAAAGACAAGAUGGAGGCUUUUGUUCUCAGGGCACGUAAAGAACACGCAGAGGCGUCUUAUCAGUUGAUGACUGUACAAAAAAGUUUUCAGGACUUGACUCUGUACUUUGGACUGAAGCCUAAGUCAGGAGAGAAGGAGGUGACGGCCGGGCAUCUCUUCAUGCUCUGGUUUGAGUUUUGUGCCGACUUCAAAGCCAGAUGGAAGAGGGAGAACAAGAACAUCUCAAAUGAAAGAUUAAAAGAGGCUCAGCUGUCAGUGAAGAGGAUCACAUCGGAGAAGAAGGUGGAGACCAGAAAGAUCAACCCCAACAGUCUGAAAGAGAGACUGCGUCAGAAAGAAUCCAACAUCUCCUCGAUUUAAGAGAGAAGAAACAUAAAGCCGACUGAUCCGGAUCGAUAAAACCUUGGGUUGGACUGGAAAUGGACCAUGAUACCAAAUGAACAGUUUAUUCAUUAAAACAAGAUACAUUUAUGGAUUUAAAAAAAUGUUUUGUCACUUUUACCUAAAGAAAUCUAUCAGUUUUGUUAAAUAUUUGCCACCCGAAAUGAACUUUGAUUUGACAGAUUUUAACGUGCAAUAUUAGAGUGUAAUAUAAACCAUAGUGCUAUAUUUAUAUUUGUGUAUUGAACUCUAAGCCAAUGAUUUGCAUCUCUAAUCCUCAUUUUUCUACGAAUAAAAUCACUGAUUAGAAAAAUA